ACCUCAAUAGUCGGAAAGGAUACUCUCCAUGUUCGACAUGAUCUCACGAGUUCGCGGCCCGGGAAGCGUGGGGAAAAGUCACUAAAACCCGGAACAGGGCAGGGGCGGCCAAGGGUCGUAGGUCGCGGGGCGGGGGUCGCGUGUCACAAGCGCGCGCCGAAGGCGACGGUUUUGCCCGGCUUCUACGGUUCCUAGCCCACUUCCUGUUUCGGUUCGGAACCCGUGGUGGGUGGAGUCCCGCGAGCCAGAGAGGCGGGACUGGGACGACGCCAAAAUGGCUGCAGAGCUGUAUGAAGAAAAUUGUUAAGUGGAGAAGUAAAAAGAUUUUUUGAGAAGUGGAAAUAAAGACAAAACUUCUUGGUGAAAAUAAGUGAAAUUAUCCAGUACUUCAAGUCUCUCGCUGAAGUUUCAUUAACUGGAGGUGGAUACCAAUCUUGAAGUUUUCCAAAAUAGGAGAUAUCUACUUCUACAUAUAAGCAUUUACUAUAAGACUGGUUGCCUGAUGACUUUCCUCCAUGAGAUGAAAAUUCAAAUCUUGGCUGUACUAUCAACUGUGUCACCAUAUUGACUAUAUAGAGUUCUUGAAAGUUAUCUUUGCAAUUUGAUCUACUGACGUCACAAUGUCAGAGAUAAGAUUCAGCAAUCUCACUUGGGAUCACAUCAUGACACUGGAUCGUGUGUUAGGUGAAGUAAUCCCAAUUCAUGGAAGGGGCAAUUUCCCCACACUGGAGGUAAAACCAAAAGACAUUGUUCAUGUGGUGAAAGAUGAACUCAUAAAGCAGGGCAUUAUUGUUAAAGAUACUAGACUGAAUGGCUCUACAGCAAGUUACAUACUCGCAAGCCAUAAUGGAAUCAGCUAUAAAGAUCUGGACAUUAUUUUUGGUGUUGAUCUACCAAGCGAUCAAGAAUUUCAGGUUGUUAAGGAUGCAGUUUUAGGCUGUCUACUUGACUUUUUGCCAAAAGGUGUUAAAAAAGAAAAGAUAACCCUAAAGACAAUGAAAGAGGCAUAUGUGCAGAAAAUGGUCAAAAUUUGCAAUAACCAUGAUCGUUGGAGUCUCAUCUCUCUUUCAAAUAACACUGGGAAGAAUGUAGAACUAAAAUUUGUCAAUUCACUCAGACGGCAAUUUGAAUUUAGUGUAGAUUCAUUUCAGAUUCUUUUGGAUUCCAUGUUAGAUUUCUAUAGUGUCCCCAAUGCUAAGCUAACCAAAGAAUCUUGUCCUGUUGUUGUGGCUGAAAGUAUGUAUGGGGAUUUUCAGGAAGCAAUGAUACAUUUGAAAUACAAGCUUAUAUCUACCAGAAAACCUGAAGAGAUCAGAGGUGGUGGUCUUUUAAAAUACAGCAAUUUGUUGGUUCGUGACUUCAAACCCGCUUGUCAAAAAGAAAUUAAGACUCUGGAACGUUACAUGUGUUCUAGAUUUUUCAUUGAUUUUCCUGAUGUAGCAGAACAGCAAAAGAAAAUUGAAUCAUACCUCCGCAACCAUUUCAUAGGUGAAGAAAAAAGCAAGUAUGACUACCUUAUGACCUUGCAUGGAGUUGUGAACCAAAGUACUGUCUGCCUCAUGGGUUAUGAAAGAAGGCAAACUCUUAACAUGAUCACCCUUUUGGCUUUGAAAGUACUUGGAGAACAGAAUAUAUUACCCAGUACAGACAACGUAACUUGCUUCUACCAACCUGCUCCAUACCUAGUUCUUGAGGGAGGGUAUCCAAGUUAUUAUGUAGCAUCAGGGCCACCACUUGUUUACUUCCAGCCAUGCCCCACAGUGCGGCUUCCAGUACGGAAUGGCAUGAUGUAAGAAAUACACAUACCAGAAGCAUUGCUUAAGUGCAUCUGAAAAGCAACUUUCAAAUUCUGUAAAAGUUAAGAUCUAUUUUUCUGUAGUUGCCAACUACUUUUCACCAGUUGCAGCUUAGAUAAUCACAGUAGAUAAGGUAUCAUCUCUAAACUCAUUUUUAAAGUGAUCUUCAAAUGUUGUGACUGUAAAAACUUUCAAAUGUAGUAGGAUACUUGAAAUGACUUUUCAAAUCUUACUGACACUUAAAACAAAAUUCGCUGUGACCAGUAUGUUAAAGAUGCCUACAUCUUUGGCUGAAGUAUAAAAAAAAAAAAACAAAAAAAAAACAAAAAAAAAACACUUCUCAUGUUUUAAAAAGAAGAUGCAUAGUGAAGACAUAGUAUAACAUCUUUAUGUUCAACUAGUUCCUUAUUACACUGUUUUUCCUUAGCAAAUAAGAACAUGAAAUUUUAGUGCUUAAAUUGAAAACAUUUGAUUUCAAUGAUAACAAAUUUAAAUGAUGUUAAAAUAGUGGAUUGUAAACCCAUGUUUCUCAAUAAAAUUUGUUGGGUUGAAAUACCACUAAAGUUUGAAGGACCACUGGGGGGAAAAUGUUCUGGAAAACAUCAAUUUAUCCCUCCAUAUAGAAAGAAUUUAGCUAGUCUGUGUAAAGAAACAAAGUCCUUUUAUCUGAACAACCAAUAAGUAACUUAUAACAGAGGGGUUAUUUUUGGCUUUAAAUAAAUUGAAAACAAAAUUACCAACUUUAAAUUUGAAACUAUUUUAUCAUCAUCUCCUAAGAAGAAACUAAAUGGGACAAAAAAGAGAAAUAGCACUACCAACAACAGAAAGUUAGAGAUUUUAGCCAUGACAUUUAAGAUUUUAGGCUUAUUUGGUCAGUAUCCGAAUACAUCUGGGUAAUUUCAUCAUUAGUAAUUGAAAGCAAUUACCACCGAUUGCAGCACUUUCACUUUUCCAACACCAAAGAUUAGUUUGCAGUAUGUUCCUCGAUGUUAGAUUUCAGUUAACACCAUACUUUUUCAGUAAUUGUUUAUAUUUCCCAUUAUUCUUAAUAUUUAGUCAGUACAUCAGAUAUUUACUAACAAAUAUAUGAAUGGGAUUUAAAAUGAAUUUCUGUCUUGAUGAAAAGAGCCAUUGAUAUAUAUCUGGCAUGAUAACAAAAGCUGCUCUGAGUGAAUGUCAAUAGACCAUCAGAAAACUUAAGUAUUUUUCCAUCACAACAUGAACCAGCAAUCAAUAUCUGAGAAUGUAUUUAAAUGUGUGUACCUACAGACUGUUUUGAAGUCUCUUCUUGGCAUUAUAGUAUUGAAUACAAAAGUACCACUUCUAGGGAAUUUUCAAAUAGCCAAUAUUUCUGACUUUUUGUACCCAUAAAUCACUGGCCAUUGGGGUAUUUAAAUAAUUACAUAUGUAUUACAGAACCCCAAGGCUUUAAAAUAUUUGGAUUUAUCCCUUCGGGUGGAGAACAAAUAAAAAAAUAUUAAUGACAACACUAAGAAAUUUUAUCACAGUAUCUGUCUACAUCUUGUAAUGGCUAAAGCAUAAGGAGUCUUCUUUGUGUCCUACUACAUACACUUUACUUUUCAGAAAGUGGGGAAAAUAAACACAUACACAUACACACACACACACACACACACACACACACACACACACACGGAAAUUACUCAUCAUGAAAAAAAUUCUAAAAGAUACAGUGAGCUUACUUGAGAAUAAAAGAAUUGUAUAAGUGAUUUCAUUGCUGAAGGUUCAGUAUUUUUCAUAGUAUUUGAGCAAUAGAUUGUGAAAGUGUUUGGGAGUAUCUUAUCAUAUCUGCCAUCCCGUCGCUUCUUACCAGAUUUCCUCCAAACUAUUUCCUAGAAAGUAAUUUUCCAUAUUAUUAUCCUAAAGCUUUAAAUUGCAAUGUAUAGAGAAUGACCUAAAAGGAUCAGGCUUUCUCCUAACAUUUUAAGUGUCUUGUUCUCUUGUGGAAAGAGCUCAACAUAUAUGUCUAAUUUUUUCUCAAGUUAGAGAAUCCAAACAUGUGGAAUGGGAAGGAUACCAUAGAAGAAAAUGCUUCAGCCUAUUCCUCAUGACUUUGUUUCUCUAAAUACCAUCACCACACUAAACCUUCCUUUAUUGCCUACUAACCAGAAAAAUAUUAUGUAUUCAAAAGCAUGACAUCUCUCCAGGACUAAUGUAACUGACUUAAAAAAGCAGUACUAAUUCCUUCUGUUCAUUAGUUUAAUACAUGGGAUUGGUUUUUCUAUGUAAGCAGAGGCCAGCCCUUUUUACCUGCAGUCACUCAUAGAAGUCAUUCAGUUAUUUUAAAAACCUCUUCCAGCAUAUGUCAUUCCAUUACCAGGCAUAUACCAGCUUUCCCUUGACUGUUUUGACCAAUGGUACAAUCCAGGAGUUAAGUUUUAUUCUGGAAGUUUUUAUUUUUUGCCUCAGUAAUCGAGCCAAAACCAAAAACAACAAAAUAAGUAGUUCUAGCAAUUCUAUUAGCUGAAUUAAUUAGGUUUCAGCCACAGACACAUAUUCUUUUAAACUAGAAUAUUCUUAGAGUGCAAAAAUGCCCACAUAUUACAAAAGAUCUAAUAGGGUUUGUAAAGCUUUUAAAUUCAGAAGCAGUCUUCUGAUAGUCACUACUCCACUGCUUUAAAAUGAUAUCAUACUAGGUGGAGUAUACACUACUUGGAAACCAAUUUUAUGUCACUGUUAUUUGAACAUAGCACAUUUUAUUUUAGUGUGCUUUGAUUAUGGAAGGAUGUGAGGUUAUUUGAAUGAAUUGCACAAAACUCAUUUUAUACUUGUAUACCUUGAAAGAACAACAGAUAUUUUAUAGAUGAUUUUAAUGCAUGUGGUUUAUAUGCCCCCUCAAACAGACAGACCACCCUGUCCUAUAAAAGGAGUGCCACAUACAUAUACCUUUUACUGCCUCAGAAUAAAAUCAUUAACUCCUGUAAAUAAAUAAAAUGGCCUUCUUAAGAGAGAUAGAAUAUCUAGUAGCUACUCCUCAAAAUUAUUCCAAAUUUAAAAUGAUAGGUUAAAUGUCAAUCCAAGUAAUUUGGUAAUUUCUUACAUAAUUCUACACUAACAUAAAAUAUAAAUUAAUCUCUCUAAAAUGCUAACUAAUCCAUUACACAUUAUAGAUAUGACCCAUACAUAUUCCUUAGGCUAAACUAUGCAACCCAGAAGCCUGGGAUUAGAUUCUUGUUUAAGGGUUUGUAAAGACCUGAGGGUAGUGAGUAGGGGAUGCUAGUCUCUGUGAAAAUGACAUUACAGAGUCGUAUGAGGAUACUAACUAAUACACUACUUGACCUUUUAUUUUUACUAGAGUAGAAUAACUUGAAGGCUUUCCAUAUAAAAUUAAAGCUUAAUUCCAAAGCAAAAAGGUAAUGAUAUUAUCACAUCCUUAACUUUUAAAAUCAGAAUUAAAAGGAUAUUCUUGUAUAUUUGUAAUAGUCUCUUCCAAAUGCUUUGAAAAUUAAAAGUAAUCUUAGUAAAUCAUUGAUAUAUACAUUUUCUAUUAUUAAAAGGUUUUACAGUUUUAGUGCCUUCCACCAAUAAUAUUAGAGUCAAUACAACCCAUAUUAGCAGGUAUUUGAACAAAUAAAACUUUAAAUCAUAAUUUUAUUUAAGCCAUAUGGGUGACUUUCUUGAGCAUAAGUAUUUCUUCAUACCUGUCUCUUUUACAGAUUUAAGAGUUUAAAGGCAAUUUUGGUCCUCUGACUUCAAAAUCAAAUACUUUUUCAGGCAGUAAAUUACAAAUAUCUGUUGUUCACUAACUAUUGAAGUUAUAUUUCACUAUUGAGUAAAAUUCGUUCAGAUUCAGCCUGUAAGUUAGGAAUAUAACUUAAAAGUGGUUCCAAGAGUAAAACUGUCUUCUUUGAAAAGCACUCAAAUAAAUCUUUAAAGUCAAAAGUGAGAUACCCUUCUAUAAAAUACCAUAUCUGUGUACCAAAACAGAAACUAUAUACUUGAGGUUAUAUGAUUUAGUCAUGUUGAGGGCUAUAUUUAAACAUGCUCUAGCCAUAGAGCUAUAUUUAUUUCAGUGGCUGUUUACUAAAACAAGGAGAAUGCUUGUUGAAGAGAUAUACAACUCCUGGUAAAUCUUGCCAACUUCCAAAAUAAGGGAACAUUUAUACUUUUUGCUGGAGGAAGGUUUUUAUGUUAUCUUUAAAAUAUGUUUAACAUAAUAAAACAUUAACAAUAUACUUAUUAAUAAAGUAGACAUUGCUGAGACUUAAAUCUGAUUAGUAUAUGCAUUUCCUCAAGCACAUGUCUACUAUUUACGGUGAAAAAUUUUAAUGUCUUCUAGCUUUUGGAAAUUUAUAGUACAUUAGUAUUAUCUAGAGUCAUCCUACUGAAGAGCAAGAUUUUUAAUUCAUCCUGUUUAUCUUCCAUAUUUUCCUCAUUUACUAAAAUGGCACGUCUAUUUUUCUCAGUGGCAGGAUAGAAAAAUUAAAACUAAUAGUAAUUUUUUAGUGUUUAUUUUACAAAAGAUUAAUUCCCAGUAAGGAGGGAAUCUGGAACUGUUGACUUAAUAAGACUAUGGCCAUAGAUGUUCCAUUCUAGAAAAGUAAUUUCUGUGUAUGCACUGUAGAGAACCCAAAUUUAGGCUCACUGAUUUUCAUUAUUUCUCAUGCCUAGGGCACAUUGAAAAUCUUAAGUCAGAGUAUGUGAUUCUGGGAAUAUAUGUUAACUUUAUUGUUCUUGAAGAAUCCUUGAAUUCUAGGCAACAGUCAAUGAAAUCACUCUGCUUUUUCUGCCAUUUUAUGUCCAGAUAGGUAUAAUUUAUAAGCUAGCUUCUUUUUUAGUUGGACACAUUUAGAUCCAUUGUGCACAAUGUUUUAUGAUCUUGAACUAUUGUGGAGAAUUUUUUAAAGUAGUUGCAUUAAAAAUUAAUGGUCAAAACACUAAAAUUUUAAGAUCAAAAGGCACUAUUUAAAAGCAUACAAGCUAUACAUUACAUAAAAAUUCCUAUAGCACAUUGCAUUAAAAGUUAAUUAAUAGGCAACUUGCAUUCAAAAUUAUGUUGCAGUAUCACAUAAACUGAAUAAUUUAUUUCAGUACAUUUUAGGUAUUUCAGUUUGUAAGCUUAGCUACCCCAGUAAGAUUAGAAACAACCCAUUUCAUUGGCUGAAAUUUUCUGGUAUCAACCCAUAACUGUUGAUAGUGUUGUCUUAUGGUUACAUUUGCCCUUUUAUAGGUGGCUAUGGAAAAUCUGACUUCCUAUUUCAAUUAGGACCUCCUGCUAUAUUAAAGCAGGUCGCAUAUACCUUGAAAGGUACUGCCUCCUCACUGCCAUUAGAUUUAACUGGGUAGUGUUCUCUCUGGCAGCUUGUGACUUAUUCUUUAAAUUUCACCAAGUCCCUGUUCAGAUGACAUGAACUGAAUGUCAGUAACUUUUUCCUUCUGGUUCAAAAAGUAUUAGCAAGCACAAAGACACUUUUCUCUAAAGUACUUCUUUAGGCUAAGGGAAUGUCUUCUCCUGCAAAAUAAAGAAGGCAAAUGCUUGGGUAAUCCAAGCAUUAUUUAUGUCAAUAAAUAAUGAAUGGUGGAUGAUUGAUUAAUCUGAGUUACUUUCUCAUUCAGAAUCCAAAAUGACUACGGAAUACAAUAAAAAUUUUACAAUAUAAUUUCAGUAAAUUCAUCUGACAAGAAGUAAAGUUAAAACAUCUCACUUCAAGUAGUAGUCAUAAGCAUUUCUCUUCAAGAUAUGUUUCAACAUUCAGUUGAUGUAAACCUAAUAGUUUAACAUGAAGGAAAAUGUCAGUGAUACUAAUGAUGGUCAGAGUGGGAAAAUAAAAACAUCUAACUGUAGUUUUCCAGGCCCACAAAAAGGUGGUUGCUAAUAGCAUUUUCUUCUCUAUUAUAUCAAGAAAAUGAUCUUUUAAACACUGAAAUAUUUGUUUUGUUUUACGAAAGCAGGCAAUAUAAAUAUAGCUUUAUAACGUUUAAGGUGCCUUUUCUAUUUUUAUAGCUCAUAUCACCACUUUUACUCUCUCAGUGCAAACAUUUGAAGUGCUGUAGUAACUUACCAUGAUUCUGUAAAUAAAUUUUUUCAGAACUAUUUCAAAAGUGUUGGAUUUUAGUAGAUGUCAGAAAUGUCCAAAGUUUGGUGAACUGUGUAAAUUUCUUUAAUGUUGAAUAUAUGUUAAAUAAGAAUAGUUUUUUUUUACAAUGUUAUACAAUUUCAAAACUUGUAUUACUUUUUUGGAAAAUGUAUUUUGCUGUUUGACAAAAAAUUAAUAUAUGAAGAGUGAUGUAUCUUUUGUGGAAACUAUUUUUGAUUCUGAUAAUACUAUAAAUGUAUGUUUUAUUGUUCACCAUACAGCUCUUAUACUUGUAUCAUUUACUUUGUGUGUUUGUAAAGAUGGUGGAAAUUUUAGUAUAGAUAUUGUUAUUAGAUCAAAAUGAGUUUUGAAAUAAAUGACCAUCGAACAUGCAGCAGUGCAUCAGCUGCAAGAUGGAUACAUGACUGUUAUUUCAAAUACAACCACAUCUGCUACUUAAAAGUAUUAAAAGUUUUAAAAGAA